AUGGAAUUAUUAAGAGAUCCAUCACAUGAUAGAGUUGUGAAAACAUUAAAGCCACCUCCUCAUCGUCCUCUCUCACAUUAACUCAUAUUUCCAGACAAGCUAAAAAGUAUCUAACAUAAUAAUAUUAGAUAAACCUGACUGGAGAUUAUUAUUAGAUCAUUUAUCUAAAGAGGGAAGAAUCGCAAAAGAAGAUCUUAUCAAAUUAGUUUCAGACUGCAAUAAAAUAUUUAGUAACUUUUAUAUAAAACAACAGAAAAUGAGGGAAAUCUCAUUUAUUUGCAUGAUCCUUUAACAGUUGUUGGGGAUAUUCAUGGCCAAUAUUAUGAUUUAGUGAAAAUGUUUGAUGUGGGAGGCAACAUAGAAUCUACAAAAUAUCUAUUUCUGGGUGAUUUUGUUGACAGAGGUUCAUUUUCCAUCGAAGUGAUUGUCCUAGUUUAUGCAAUUAAAAUCAACUUUCCAAAUACUGUUUUUUUCUUAAGAGGAAACCAUGAAUGUAGACAGCUUACAAGCUUUUUCAAUUUUAAGGACGAAUGUAUACAAAAAAAAACCCUCUCAUCAAGGCCUCUAUAAGUAUGACCAAGAAACGUACGAUUUA